CCACGAGCCUGCCUGGUUACUGAAGCCAUAGGUAAUGCUCUGGUAACUCACACAUUCCUGCAUUUGGUACCCUUGCUUUUUAUGAUUCCUCUUGUCUUACCAAGGAAAAAUCUCGUAGAUACCCAUAACUUGUUGAAUGUCUCAAUUGGCAAGAUAACUUCGUUGCAGUAAUUAUAGCAUGAAAAGUAUUCUGAAGAUAUCACCAGGUUCACUUCUUUGCUGUAAUGAAGCCUUUGUUGUGUAAUAUGACAGGUACUAGCUGGAAAUCAUUUCAUACAAUUCCCAUGUGUUACUGAAAGUUACUGUAAGGUUUACUAUGUAACUGUAAACUACUUUGUCUCAUGUGCUUGACUGCUUGUUAACAGAUCUCACAGGUUCCAUCUCCUCCAAGGUAAGGAUUCUAAGAUCAUAACAUAUCAAAUGUUUGAGCAGGAAGUUGCUUGUUUCCGUUCUUUUUUUGGUUGAUAUUUCAUCAUUUUUCUAGACAUAUAAAUCAUUUGAGACUUCCUUAUUCUUACUCCAUUCAAAAGCUAAAAACACAGAAAUUUUUACUGGAGUGUUGCAAAAUUCUUCUCAGAGGCAUGAAGGUAUGGACCUUUUGCACUGGCUGCUCGGAACUGGAGCCUGUGUUGGGUGUUGUGACCAUCUACAUUGGUUUACAAACCUUCCAUGGGAGAACCUCAAAAAAGUUUGAGCAUGUUGUGUGUUCUACUCCUGCAGAGGUGUAAAUCAUUGCCUUCAGCUAUCUCCUUCAAGACAGAUAAAGAGCACAUGAUGAAAGCAACGAGUCAUCCAAGAUGAGCAGCAUGUCACUUUACAGAACACUUCAUUAGCUUCCUUUCCAGCUCCCUGUCAUCAUGCAUUAAUCAUUCGGAAAAAAGGCAAAUCCAAGUCUAAAGCUGCAGGCAGCAUAGCCAGAAUUAACAAACGCGGCCAAGAAACCAAUCCAUCUUGCAAUUAAAAGGCAUUUGGACUGAGGAAGAAGGAUUAUUAGCAAUUCAAUCUUAUAAUGAUCAAGCUCAAGAACCGGUUUGAUGCAGUGGGACCAACGAGGAAGCUGAUACAUUCCAUGGAUUCACUCUGACGUCCUCAUUAUUUCAAGAACUCAAGACCUAGCAGAGAUAAAACUACAGGUCAAAGCUUGUAAACGCGAGCACAGAUGCGUAUAAAGAACACCAAGAGAUCGAUGCAGGAAACUGGUAGGGAUGCUGUGCUCCUCCUCUCUUUGCUGUCAUUUGGAUUAUAUGCAGCGUCUUCUGCCAUACCUUAUGAUUGCUAAAGAACAAACCGAGACUGUGGACGCUUGUAGCUGUAUUUUUCCCGCUCAUAUUCCCUCUUCUACCUCACACUGCUCAUCCGAGAAUCAGCCUGCAGGAUGAUGUCACUGCAAUACCCAACUAUCAUCAGGAUUCUGUGACUAUUCACAACAAAGUAUCCGAAAGUUUCAUUGAAGGCAAGGAGAACAAGAAGAACAAGAAGCAGCGGCAGCAGCACAAGGAAGACAAUGCAACUACAAGCUCUCUAACGAGCCUUGAGCUGCCACAGCCGGUCCUCGAGGAUCCUAUCAGAUCGCUCGUUCCAGCGGCCGUCAUCGAAGUUCUUGGAGUAGCUGUCGGCGUCGUAACCGAAAUUGAGCUGCUUGGACCCGUACAUGCUCCUGCCUUCCUUCAGCAACCGCUUGAGGAGAUCGCGCCAGCUGCGGCUCCGCUCGAGGCCGACGGUGCGGCGGAGGAGGUGGAACCGCGAGUGGCCGCGCUGCAGCGGGAACCACGACGGGGAGGCCAUGCAGCGAGUGAGGCGGGACGAUGGCUCUGGCGACUCCAUCGGGGUAGCCAAGCAGCGCUCGCUUCUCCGGUGGGUUAUAUAAACGGAGGAAGGCUUCCGUGGGGCAGUUCGGAUCAGGAGCGAAACAGGCGAUCGGCACCGAAGUCUGUAAAAGGUCAUUCUAGGUUGGAAGGAAUUCUUGUGCAUAUUAAGGAAGGUGAUCUCAGAUAACUGCGUUUGCUUAUUGUAUCUUGUCCAUUGUGUUGAUGCUUCUCAAGUUGAAUUACAUGUAAAGCUCAAAUGCCGGCAUUCAGAAUUAAAAGCAAAUCAAACUCAGAAUAUUUAAGAUUGCAUGAUCUUCAUACAUGUCGCAAAUCAGCUAAAACAUCAAAAAGCUCACAAACUCAGGUCAAGACGUUUCAACUAGAGACAGAACUGGAUACAUUUUUCCAAACCCAACAAAAUGCUUCUUCUAAUAAAGAAGUAUCUGUAUGCAACUCAACACUUGCUGGAUUUGAUGGACCCUACACUCAGUUGCUGAACGCAUCCCCAUUUUCACUUGAUCCAGUAUCAAUCAGAAGAUCGGAUAUACUAUCAGAAACAAAUCCAUCUAACCUUGAUACAAUCUUCUCUCCUGAUCUUGAGCACCGUGCAUCUCCCCUGAAGUCGGCAAAUUACAUUGAUGAAGCAAAAUAUGAAGGCACCAGAUUGCCUCAUCUAGUUGCAGAUGGUGCUGACAAUGCUACCUGUAUCUCAAGUGAAUAUCAAACUUGUGGCUUAUCAGAAUUCUACAUUUCUGAUAGCAUUCAUGAAGGCACCAAAUUGCCUCAUCUGGUUGCAGAUGAAACUGAUGAUACUACCUGUGUCUCAAGUGAAUAUCAGACUUGUGGUUUAUCGGAUUUCAUAUCUGAUUGCAUUCAUGAAGGCACCAAAUUGCCUCAUCUGGUUGCAGAUGUAAUUGAUGAUGCUACCUGUGUCUCAAGCGAAUAUCAAACUUGCAGUUUAUCAGAUUUCUACAUUUCUGAUAGCAUUUCUGCUUUUCCCUUUGACAAUAGUGUUGAAGUUACUGAUGUUACAACUGCCACUUGCCCUGUUAAUGAAUAUAUGAACUCUGACAUAAUGAUUGACAUGGGGGAGGGAUAUAUGAUUCUUCCUUUCCUUGAGAGGACAGUGGAAACUGGAGAUGAUGAUGACUUAGUUCAGGAGACCAUGAUGAACUUCAACGAAGCUUCUUUGUAUUUGGCAGUUCAUCCUGAAAAUGAAAAUAAAUGCAACUUUGGCAAUUUGGAAGAGAUAGAAUGCUUUGAUCAACUGUUGGUUUUUAAUCGAUUACCUGAUUUACCUCAGGCAGUUUCAUCGAUUUUUUUACCUCAGAAAACACAAGAAAAGAUGCCUGUAACCCUUGUACUUGAUUUAGAUGAAACUCUUGUCCAUUCUACCAUGGAACAAUGUGAUGAUGCUGAUUUCACCUUUCCAGUUUUCUUUAACAUGAAACAUCACACAGUAUAUGUAAGACAGAGACCUUUUCUGCAGAUGUUUCUUGACAGCGUAGCUCAGAUGUUUGAAAUUGUUAUAUUCACUGCCGCUCAAAGCAUAUAUGCUGGAGAGCUUCUGGACAUAUUGGAUCCAGACAGAAAGAUAAUCUCAAAGCGUAUAUAUCGUGAAUCAUGCGUCUUCUCUGACGGUACUUAUACCAAGGACCUAACCAUUUUGGGAGUUGACCUGGCAAAAGUUGUCAUAAUUGACAAUACUCCACAGGUUUUUCGCUUGCAAGUCAACAACGGGAUACCGAUCGAGAGUUGGUUUGGGGAUCCUUUGGACCAUGCUUUAGUCCAGUUACUUCCCUUUCUUGAGACCUUGGUCUACGUAGAGGAUGUUCGUCCAAUUAUUGCUAAGAAAUUCAGCAAUAAUGAGUAGCAGCAUUCUUUCCAUGGGAGAUUUUGCCUUGAUGACUUCACCUUGCAGACUCUCCUGUAGGCAUGCACCUUUCCACUCUCAAACUAUAGAAAUAACAUUUACAUGUACAAUAUGUGUGUCGGAUUAGAUUUAGUUUAUUGGAGCUGGCUAUGUACUUUGGAGAAAUGGUUACUAAUCACUGUACCUGUGUUUGAAGCUCAAGCCAACAGCUUUGUUAUGUUUGUUUCUCCCUCUUUCGACUUUGUACAGGAAUGUCAUGAUGGAAAUAAAAUGGUGUUGUUCUCCCCGUUUGUUCAAA